GUGCUAUAAAAGCCCUAGUUAGCUGGACCUUUACACACUCCUGUCUCUGUGUUCUGAAGCUGGCCUGGAGUCUCUGAACCUCCUCUGCAAGGCAGCACCCCUGAUUCCUCACCCUGCUCCUGUCUGCAUCGAGAACAAUGCCUCCCAACCUCACAGGCUACUACCGUUUUGUCUCGCAGAAGAACUUGGAGGACUACAUGCAGGCCCUAAAUAUCAACGUGGCUCUGCGGAAAAUAGUGCAGCUGCUGAGACCUGACAAGGAGAUCGACCACCAAGGCAACCACAUGGUAGUGAAGACGCUCAGCCCCUUCCGCAACUACACUAUGGAAUUCGAAGUGGGAGUUGAAUUUGAGGAGGAUCUAAGGAUCGUGGAUGGACGAAAAUGCCAGACCAUAGUAACAUGGGAAGAGGAGCACCUGGUGUGUGUGCAGAAAGGGGAGGUCCCCAACCGGGGCUGGCGACACUGGCUGGAGGGAGAUAAGCUGCAUCUGGUAAGCUGAGUGAGGGAGACACAAACAGGAACUGACUGCGAGGGAUGCAGUGUGCAAGCAGGUCUUCAAGAAGGUCCAAUAGCCAAAAAGAGCUGCAGACCCUCCAGAUAUCCUCAGUCCAGACCCCAAUUCAGCCCAGGCUGUGCUAGAUCAGCAUCUUUCUCAGUCCCACCUCAUUCCUCCCCAUGUUAAUCUGUAACUUGCAGUCCCCAGCCAAAGUCCUUUCUUUCUCAAAGUCUACUGACUAACAGUAACCCCCACCCCCACCCCUUCAGGUCACAUUCUGGUCUCCCGAGUACCAGAAGGAAGCAGCGGAAAAAUGACCAUUCUCUAUUCUCCCCAGCUCAUUUGGCUUCUUCUUAAAACUAGCUCUGGGCUUUUGAUGGUUACUGAAAAUAUUACGGUGGGGGAUCUUUUAGGAAACUGAGACUGGGUUCAAGAGUUCAAAUGGAAGCACCCGUGUA